AUGGGGCGAAACCUCGCUCGUUUGCGUAACCUACAACCCAAACCUAUGCUUUCGCAGGAGUUUCCGUAUCAUGCUUUGAUGUACGCUGAGCAUAGCAUCUUCAUCAGUUUGGGCGGUUCCCACGACCAGAUCAUUUCCAUACAUCUCUUUCAUGCGCAGAAAACAAUUGGUGAUCUACCACAGAAGUUUGCUCAGCGCAAUUAUCACUGUAUCAAAUGGCAUUGA